AUGGCAAACUUCGCACCCUACCAGGACACGCCUGAGACCCAGCGCGCCCUCUCCCCUCCGCCAGCAGGAUCCUCCCGGGUCACGUCCCCUCGCGCUUCGCUCGAUCGAACCCGCAACAUUGGCACUGCCGCCGUGAGUUCGCCGCGAAUCUCCACCGGUCGCCAGCACGACCGCUGGGCUGUGCAGGAGCCGGAACGAACGGCGUGGAAUGCGAUGCCGGCCUUUGGUGGGGUGAGAGAAGACUUGGACAUGUUUGAGACACGGCUGGGUAUCCGCAUGGAUUACGAGGCCUGUUUGGCCUAUCUGCUGCUUCCGCCCGCCGGAGGAGCAUUGUUACUGGUCUUGGAGCACAGGAGCGAUUUUGUUCGAUUUCAUGCCUGGCAGUCGAGUCUGCUAUUCUCCUUCAUCUUUGUUCUCCACAUCAUCUUCUCGUUUUCUAGCAUACUCUCAUGGCUGCUAUUCGUGUGCGACAUUGCGCUCAUCGGCUUCCUCACCAUGCACGCCUAUCAGGAUGCCGGUACUCUUGACCGCUACGAAGUUCCUUUCUUUGGUCCUCUGGCGAGCUCCAUAUUGGAUGACGAGUGA